AAAGGAUUAUCAACAUUCAUCACUGAAGGGAGUCAUUGAGGAUUUAUUCAACCUGGAGUGUCAAGUCCGACCGAUCGCCGUUGGUGCCCUUCACCCCCCUACCACACACCACCAUGGCCGACAGCAUACACCACUCACAACGGGCGCAAGGCUCGAACAACUUUGAUGCCUCCGAGCUCACCAACGCUUUCGAGCAACUGAUGCGUAAUAAGAGAUUCCAUCGUCUCCAGGAACACUCGAGGGCUCGUACUCAUUCUCCAUCGCCGUCUCCGUCUCAGGUGUCUUCGCCUGGGCCUUACGCACCACCUCAUCCCUCGCGAGCACCACCACCACCUCCGCCGACCGCAGCUCCUUUUCAGCCACCCCAAUACCCACCACAACCGCAACAAUACCCAUCAACUCAAUCUUCAAUGCUGCAGGGGCUACCAAUUGUUCCAUCGCCGCCACAGGAUCAAGCGUCGUUGAAAUUCCGCAAUCUCCUCCACGUCCUGUCUGUAACACCGACCAAAUAUGAGAACCCGGGUCUUCUCGAUGAAGCCCUCUCCCUUAUCCCACUCGAUCGGUUAUAUUCAGAGGCAGAGGAGGAGAGUCAGAUCUUGCAGGCACAGGCGGCUAGCGUUGGUGGCAGACCCGAAUGGGGAUACCAAGAUUGUGUUAUCCGGUCUCUCCUGAGAUGGUUCAAAGGAUCGUUCUUCCAAUUUGUCAACAACCCCCCUUGCUCACGGUGCUUUCGGCCUACAAUUGCCCAGGGCAAUACACCACCUUUACCCGAUGAGACCGCUCGCGGUGCAACACGAGUAGAACUUUACCGAUGCUCUGAAUUGUCUUGUGGCGCCUACGAGAGAUUCCCUCGCUACUCCGAUGUUUGGCAACUACUACAAAGCCGCCGGGGCCGUGUAGGCGAAUGGGCCAAUUGUUUCAGCAUGUUCUGCAGAGCCCUUGGUGGCCGUGUACGAUGGGUAUGGAAUUCAGAGGACUACGUCUGGACCGAAGUGUACUCUGAACAUCAGAGGCGCUGGGUGCAUGUAGAUGCCUGUGAGGGGGCAUGGGAUCAGCCCCGUCUCUACGCUGAAGGCUGGGGCCGAAAGAUGUCCUAUUGCAUUGCAUUUUCAAUUGAUGGCGCCACCGAUGUCACCCGCCGAUAUGUACGAAGCCCGGCGAAGCAUGGAGCAUCACGGAACCGCGCUCCUGAAGAGGUCGUGCAUUGGGUGAUUCUGGAAAUCCGAAGGAAGCGUCGGGAGAACCUCUCCAAGACCGACCAAAAGCGUCUGAUGAAGGAGGAUGAGCGCGAGGAAAAAGAACUUCGCCAUUACACAGCUUCUGCCCUUGCUGCAGAGUUGAACAACCUUCUCCCACAGAACCAAACAACCGGUAGACUGGACGAGCAAAAGACUCCUGUCUCGCGGCAGGAUGCAGCUGCAGAGUGGCUUGCCGCUAGACAAAGAAACUCUGGUCAUUCUGGUCCUGAUCACUCUCAGGGUGGACGGUAGCACUGCAUCUAUUUCAGAGUGUCUACAAUCAACUCAUCGUCUUGCGAACCGUCGCCCAGGCUCAAUCCACUGACGGCCGAUUGACAACCAACACGAGAUCUUCGACCGAUAAGACGAUACAACGUGAUCAAUGUGCUUCGAUGCUUGACUUUCGAUAAACGCACGAUACACGAUGGAUUCAGCUAGCCUGUUAUAGGAUUUAUAU